GGACUUGAUUUUACAGGGGGCUCCAGCUCCUCUACUUAUUGCUCCUCGCCGUAAACCUUCGGCGAGCCCUGGAUUGGGCAUUUGCCUUCGGCGGCGCGUGUUUUAUCGUCGUUUCUUCCGCUCUGAUUUUCCUUCACUACUGGCGUGUCGAAGGUUCCCGUGUCCUCUGUUUGUGUGUGUGCGUGUGUGUGUGUCUCUGUGUGUCUUGAAUGCUCAUCACGUGGAGGAUUGGGUUUGGCUUGGAUCGUCGAUCGCUUCGCCGUCUUUUCUCUCCUUCUUCACGGCUCUCGUUUGCUCGCUUUCCCCUAUUUUAACUCUCAGGUGCGGUGUCUACAGACAAGGCAGAUAGCUGGAGGUGAUUCUGCUUCAUGGAGCUGUCGUACCUCUCCCUCACGCAGUUGUUGAUUCCUAUGAAAAGCGAUUAUUGAUUCCACACCGUUUUCUGUCCAAUUCGAAGUCCAGGCCUCGUCCAUAUAGUCCAAGGGGUUUUCUCUUACCAGAACCUGGAACCGGAGGAACUGCAGAUUUUUGCUGUGAAAGGGGAUACGCAGAAAAUUUUAUUUCUGGCUUGUGUGCAUAGAAACACCAGGCGGACCUUGGUAAGGACUACUUCGCAAUCUCCCACAUCUGCUUCUUGAGCUUGGAAGCAGCAUGCUCGAAUGUUGAAGCCGGAGGACUAAUCAGAGUCGAUUUCUCCUUUUAUGCUACCCAUAGAUCAGAAGGCUCGUAAUUUCUAGAGAUACAGAGUUUCAAACUGGAAUGACUUCUCCCAUUUUCUAGGUACGGACUACAGGUCUCCUGAAGAUCCGUCAUUAGUAGCCUUUUUUUCCUUUCUGGGAUUCCUCUAGCGGAAUCACACCUGAAAUCGACAGAAUCAUGGUAAAAGCCGGACGACGUAUCAUUCGGAUUUGGAUUUAGAUCUUUCGUACGAGUUUGCAUGAGAUAUAGGUGACGCUGGUCAGUGCCGACAUAGAGCUCCUUCCAUCCAUCAGGACUACCAGUUUGCGGAGACUUAGCCAUUCCCUUCAUCGGUUGCGACAUUUUAUAUUCUGGAAUUUGGAGAAGUGAAACUGAACGCUGAGAUCUGCCCUCUUGCUUGCCCGAGCCUUUCCUGUCGAUGUGCAUAAAGUUCUACUUUUCUUUGCGAACUCUGACGCAGUGUGAGCCCUGAGCUGUGAUCGCAGCAAAUCCGGUUCUGAGAGUGAGCGAGGCGUUUCUAACAGCAGAACUUUGUGCAUAUCCAUGCUGUGUGUCGUUCAGAUCUAGGGUCAAAACUUCUGUGAUAUUCAGGCAACAUGAGUUCGGGCAUGGCAGACCUCCACAUUAGUGGCCUCAAAGGCCUGAAAAAGCUUGACACCACCAUGGGAAGAACGAGCGACGUGUGCGCAGACGACAGCGUGCCGACCGUCCGGGCACAGAAUUUAGAGGAAUUGCAUUCACUGCAGAAGAAAUCGGCCCCCAACACUCCCAGAGGAGCCAUGACUCCCAGAGGGGCAGGCACCCCCAGGUCCGAGGAAGAGAGGCAACGACAGCAAUUGCAGUCGAUCAGUACGUCCCUCGCUUCCCUCACUCGAGAGAGUGGACCGCAAGUGGUGAGAGGUGAGCCUGGCAACGCAUCCGCAGCUUCGGUCACAGGGUUCGGCAGCAGGUACGAACGCGGCCCGAAGUUCCAGGCUAUGAGUGACAGCGCACUGAAGUUCACGCACGUCCUCUACAAUCUCUCGCCCGCCGAGCUGUACGAGCAGGCACUGAAAUCCGAGAAGGGCUCGUACAUUACAUCCACGGGAGCUCUGGCCACACUCUCUGGAGCGAAGACGGGAAGAUCUCCCAAGGACAAGCGAGUGGUGUCUGAAGAGAGCUCCCACAACGAUCUCUGGUGGGGCAAGGGCUCUCCCAACAUAGAGAUGGACGAGGAAACAUUUUUGGUGAACAGGGAGAGAGCGGUCGAUUACCUCAACUCGCUCGACAAAGUCUUCGUGAACGAUCAGUUCCUGAAUUGGGACCCGGAGAACAGAAUCAAGGUAAGAAUCAUUUCAGCUCGCGCCUACCACUCGCUCUUCAUGCACAACAUGUGCAUCCGCCCGACUCCCGAGGAGCUCGAGGACUUCGGCACCCCCGAUUUCACGAUCUACAAUGCGGGCAAGUUCCCCUGCAAUCGGUACACGCACUACAUGACGUCGUCCACGAGCGUGGACGUGAACCUCAAGCGCAGAGAGAUGGUGAUUCUGGGCACGCAGUACGCGGGCGAGAUGAAGAAGGGGCUGUUCAGUCUGAUGCACUAUCUGAUGCCCAAGAGGGGCAUCCUGUCGCUGCACUCGGGCUGCAACAUGGGCAAAGCCGGCGACGUCGCGCUCUUCUUCGGGCUGUCGGGCACGGGCAAGACGACGCUGUCGACUGAUCACAACAGGCUCUUGAUCGGCGACGACGAGCACUGCUGGGGCGACGACGGCGUGUCGAACAUCGAGGGCGGCUGCUACGCGAAAUGCAUCGGGCUGUCGAAGGAGCGCGAGCCCGACAUCUGGGACGCGAUCAAGUUCGGCACGGUGGUCGAGAACGUCGUGUUCGACGAGCACUCGCGCGAGAUCGACUACGACGACAAGAGCGUCACGGAGAACACGCGCGCCGCGUACCCGAUCGAGUUCAUCCCCAACGCCAAGAUCCCGUGCGUCGGGCCGCACCCGAAGAACCUCAUCCUUCUGGCCUGCGACGCCUUCGGCGUGCUGCCGCCCGUCAGCCGCCUGACGCUGGCGCAGACCAUGUACCACUUCAUCAGCGGCUACACGGCCAUCGUCGCCGGCACGGAGGACGGCGUGACCGAGCCCACCGCGACGUUCUCGGCCUGCUUCGGUGCGGCCUUCAUCAUGAUGCACCCCACCAAGUACGCCGCCAUGCUGGCCGAGAAGAUGCAGAAGCACGGCGCCACCGCCUGGCUGGUCAACACCGGCUGGUCCGGUGGCAGCUACGGCGUCGGCUCGCGCAUGAAGCUCGCCUACACGAGAAGCAUCAUCGACGCCAUUCACGACGGCUCCCUUCUCGAGGCCGAGUUCUCUGAGACGCCCAUCUUCGGGCUCCAUGUUCCCAAGGCCGUGGCCGGCGUGCCCUCGGAAAUUCUCCAGCCGGAGAAUAGUUGGAAGGACAGGGCCGCGUACACGGAAACUCUGAAGAAGCUCGCAGGCCUGUUCCAGAAGAAUUUCUGCAACUUUGCGGAUUACGAAGUCGGAGGUGACUCGAAUUUAACGCAGCAAAUCUUGCAGGCCGGACCGCUUCUCGAUUGAAUGAAUGAUUGAUUGAUUGACUGACAGACUGAUUGAUUGCCAAAGCUUUCAAGUUGCUAGCCCCCUAUAUUUUUUGAGAUGUCUCUGAGUUCGAGAUGUCUUUCGUUGACGAGCUGAUCAGGUAGGAAUGCAGACACCCUUGUGAAAUUAGAUUUCCUGUAAAGUCAUGUCACAUUUACGUCCUUUUUUGAGGCGUGUGGAAACCCGGAACAGCGGGUUCUGGAUAAGCGUUGUAAUAUAAAACGAAUCGAGAGUGGCUCGCUGUCGAUCUACUCCAAAGCUAAGGUGGCCUGGUAGAAACUUUC